AUGACAUCCGGAAACAUGGCGCAAGUGGCGACAAGCAGGACGGCGGACGACGUGUCUCCGGCGAGACAGUAUCGUCCAGCGCAGGAGUGCUGCGUAUGGGUACCACAUCCCGAAUGUGAGGAAGACUGGGAGGAACCCGUACCUGCCCUCACAUUUGCGUCGGAUGAGGAGAUGUGCGAGUGGAGGUGCGCUGUUGAGCGGUGUCAAUACGCCGCUCAUCGCGCACUCGAAGCUGAGCGUGCACAGGCAGCAGCGGCUGAGCGCACGCGGUUCUGGAUCGAGCAGUAUGGGUUAGCGUACUUGUCUAGAGAGGCAAAGGCUGCGCGUGCGGUCAGUGACAAAUAG